AUGCCGAGAGCACCUCGACGCGGUCCUGCGGGGGGAGGUGAGAUCGCAACUGCAGCAACCCCCACUAGGCCGGGGAACAAUCAGAUCACCGCCGCGAUCCCCCCCUUCAUGCUGGACACGCCUCCUCACGCUCCAUUCGCGCAUGAACCCAGCUACAACCCUGGUCCGUCGAUCGUUCCCAGUCACAACGGCACGCAACGAGAUGAGGAUCAAGGGGAAGGAUCCCAAGCAUCGACGCAUGCGUUGUCAGUGGCCUCAGAAGCGCAAGAACAGGCAGAACAGUCGUAUCUAGAGUCCAUCCAGCAGGAGGCAGAGGAUUCAAAAGUACUGGCCGGUCUACGCGACAUAUCCUCACUAGCGACCUGGACACUAUCCUCCGCCAAACCAGGCUGCGCUCUCGCCCAACUACGCAGUCCGAACACGAAUCUCUUCUGGCAAAGCGAUGGACCACAGCCUCAUACACUCACGCUGCAUUUCUUCAAGCUGGUAGCGAUCGUGAAGAUGCGCGUUUACCUCGACUUCGAUCUGGACGAAAGCUACACCCCAACCAAGAUCAAGUUCUUUGCCGGCAUGAGCGAGGGUGGAUUGGUAGAGUUUGGGGAGUGGACAGUACAAGAUGUCAUGGAUCCGGAGACCGGCGAGAUGCGUCCGCACGUGGAGAUCGUCAAGGGCUGGAUUGAGGUUGAUCUGAAGGGCGUCGGUGGCAGGGAGAAGCGCUAUUUUGAGGUUGCGGAUGAGGAACAAAUGGAUUCGAAGGAGAAUGCGGGUGCUACAGACGUCUCAAGGCCAGGGGAUGUCCUGAAGGCGAUGGUAGUGCAGGUUCGAAUCUGCGAGAAUCACCAAAAUGGAAAGGACACGCAUGUAAGAGGCUUUCAAGUAUUUUCCAAGGACGACACCGUCACCAGGGAAGCCGUCAAACCUAGACUGAAGAAGAAGCAGAACAAGACCACGGAUGCUGAUGAUGGAGAAGACUUUGUCGGCAUCAAGCUGGCAGACUGGAUGAGGGAUCCUGAGAUUCGAUAA